CGUUUCUUCUUUUCGCAAAGUUGAGAUAAUAAACAAAAAUGCAUACCAGUGAAAACGCAUAUGUACACGAAAGCAAACUUCAUAUUUACCCGUGCCUCACCGCACUGCGCCGGAAGAUAGCCCGCUAGUCCGCUGUUCCUGAGUGAUAUUACCAUCUGCUGUCAAAUAUUUCAUAAAUUGUCCACUUUUUUUCAUCCAAUGUUACCAAUACACAAUAAAGAUGAAACGUAUGUACCGGGAUUCUCUGUUAAAGAGAAGAUUUCAUCUUGGUGGAGGGCUAUCUUCUCUGACCCCACGUCCAGAAAUCUCUUCAUGUUUCUCCUUCUGAAUCUUUCCUUUGCUUUUGUGGAAUUAGCAUAUGGUGUCUGGACAAACAGUCUUGGCCUGAUUUCGGACUCCUUCCAUAUGUUCUUUGAUUGCACGGCACUGCUAGCCGGUCUGACAGCUUCUGUUAUUUCCAAAUGGAGAGCAACACCAACAUUCUCAUAUGGGUACGUCCGAGCUGAAAUUCUUGCUGGUUUCAUCAAUGCACUGUUUUUACUCUUCAUCGCUUUCUUUAUCUUCUCAGAAGCUGUAGAGAGGUUUCUGGAGCCUCCGGAGGUGCGACACGAGCGACUGUUUGUCGUUUCGGUUCUGGGAUUCAUUGUAAAUUUAAUAGGUAUCUUUGCAUUCCAGCAUGGCCACGGACAUUCCCACGGUGGCAGUGCUGCCAAUGGAAGCGUAGGGCACGGUCACAGCCAUGGGCACGGACACAGCCAUGGACACGGUCACGCCCAUGGACUUGGGAUGGGAUUCAAAGAUGAUGGUGAACAUCAGUACACCCCGGAAUCAUCACAGAAGGAGAUCAUGCAUGGUGUCUUUCUUCACAUCCUUGCCGAUACACUGGGCAGCGUGGGCGUGAUUGUCUCCGCGCUGCUCAUGAAGUAUUUUGGUUGGCUGGUGGUGGACUCUCUCUGCUCCAUGUUUAUCGCUGUACUCAUUAUGCUCAGUGUCUUGCCAUUACUACGUGACUCUUCCGCCAUUUUAAUGAUGCGUACACCCUACUCUCUUGAUAAGGAAUUGCCCGGGUGCUACCACAGGGUGACAAACCUUGACGGUGUGUACAGUAUUCACGAACCUCACUUCUGGACUCUCUGCAGUGACGUUUUCAUUGGUACCCUGAAAUUGGAGGUAGCACCCAACGCUGACAUUAAGUACAUUACCAGCCAAACGCACAAUAUCUUUACUCAGGCGGGCGUCAGGCAGCUGUAUGUACAGGUUGACCUAGCUGUCGCAUAGGACCAAUUGGGGACGGGUAAAGUCCACAGGACCACUAGCUGUAGUACUUCAAUCUUGACAGCUACAGCCGAUUUCAUGAAACUUUAAGCAGCGGCGUAACGUCACUUACGCCACAUUUUAUAGCGCACGUUGUGCAACAUAUUGAGAGCAAUUUCAUAAAACUUACACAUUACGCAAGUCCCCACUUACAUAACAAAUUUGGCGUCACUUGCGCAGGCAUUUUAGGUGGUGUAACUUACACCAAACAAAGCAAAAAUGAAUGAUUUGACUAGCUCAUCGUGUUUGUUUAGGCCUCAUCAUUGCUGAACUUAACAAGGCUUAUAUGAGAAACAUACAACUGUGUUGUAGAACUGCAAGAUUUUCUCUCUGUUCCGAUGAAGAAGAGACAAAAACUUUUUCAAAAUGGCAGAUGGAGGUAAUGCAACGACUGUUUGACAAUUGUUGUGAUAUUGAGAGUAGCAGCCAUCGUAACAGCUGUUAUCAUCCUUGUCUAAAAAAUGUGAAAUUAUUAAAACGGGAUGCAGCUAAGCAACUUCUCAUGAAAUUGAAUGGAAGUGCUUCUGCACAACAUUUGUGGUGCAAGGCUUUACGCAUGGUUCAAUUAUGCAUGGUUCAAAGUUACGGCAUGUUUCAUGAAAUCGGCUGCUGGACUCCUUACGAAGGAUUAAAAUGAGAUCAGUAGUGCAUUGUAUUGAAAUUGAGGUUUGCAUUUUGGUGGAUAUAGAGGACCAGUUCCAUGCAUCUGGUGAGCUCCAAUAUUUCACUUAGCACUAAAAUAGUGUAUUGCUAAGCAACAUCCAGAUAGGAACCAGUAUUGCCAUGGAACCUACACUGCUUAUGACUGGUUCCCACUUGAUAUUUUGCUCAGUAAGAAAAUGUGCUAAGCAGUUUUUCAGUGCUAACCAGAUGUAUGAAAUUCCCCCACCACCUCCACCCUUACAACAACCUGUGGACAUGGAGCACAGAGUAGUAAUGUAAUGCUCAAGCAGAAUGUUGUGCUUCUUUCUGGUAACAGAUGUCAACGGGUAAGAAACAACUUACCCGCUUAGCUCAAAAUGUACAGAAAUAAAUUAAGCCAUAGUAGCAGUUGGGAAAAUGGUUUUAAUCUGAACAAAUGUUUAAAAAUAAUAUGGUAGUGGACCUUAAAAGCAUUAUUUAUAAAAAAAAAACAUUUAUUUCCUACCAAGGCCUACUUAACCGUCAUCACUCUGAAAACACGAAAUAGGGAUUUCCCUGGAAAGGGUUUUUAUCAAGGCAUAACAUGCUAAGUUUUAUCUGAAAACUAUAUUUUUGCUGGUUGUUUUUGUCUGUUUUGUAUUGUUCAAAAGCAGUGCUAAUUGUUCAGGUCAGAAUGGCUUUUGUUUCCUUGUAGAGGGGUUCGGAGGUUAGAAAAUGUUAUCGGUCAGUCCAAAACCAGGCUGAGGGUUUGCGAGCCUUCAUCUGGAGGAUAGUUAUACACAUAUGAACAAUAGAACUUUGUUCUAACUUCCAAAGCGCUCUGUAGACAAACUUUGCAUUGUGGAUCACUUUAUGAAAAUGAAGACCGAGGGAAAGGAAUUGUCAAGUAUCAAAAUUACCAACGUCAGCGUAGGUUUCGAAAUGGUGGGUCACCACAAAAAAAAAUUAACAUCCAGUGAUGGAUUAUACCUGAAUACUCAACUCCUGAAGAAUGCUGAAAACUUUUGUCUUGCUCUGUUAAGGCCGGUUCAUACUUCGUGCGAAAGUGGAAACAAACGUGAAUUUUGUGAGGUCAGAUCAAAUAUUUGCAUUGCGAAUACGUAACACAUUUUAAUUCGAGCAAAACAAAAUUUGAUGUCAAAUUCGCUUUGCUUUCACAUUCGUCCAAAGUAUGAAGUGGCCUUUAAUGUGACAUUGUAGCUACCCUAAAUCCUACAAAACUCAACAUGAGGUUGCCUUAAAGUUCAUCCACUGUUACACUUAAACAAGGAGGUUCAGGCCCUAGGUUUGUUGUGUAUGAGAGGAAUAUUCCCUUGGCAUAUUGUAUAUUGACUGGAUUCUGGAGCAUUCACGACAUUGCCCAGCAAACCUCACGGGCCAUUUUUAUUAGUGAGCAUCUCAAGCCGAUUCAACAUUUCGUUUAUAUCACAGUAAAAAUCAGGUUCGUCCCGAGAAUUGUUGGCUUUACAGGUGUCAAGUAUUCGGAGGUAUUUUACUCACACCUUAGAUUAAUCAUUUCAGACAAC